UCUAAAUCUAUAUUUUUAACAAUGCAAGUGAAUGAAUUUUAUAUACAACCAAGAUGGCGUAACCCAUAAAUAAAAUUGAUUAGAUCGCAGCUAAAGAUCUAGUUAAGACUCAGAUAGAUCUAUAUUAUUCCAGUAGACUUCUGAGACUUUUAAAAAUAUAGAUCUAGUCUAGAUCAAUAGUCUUUAAACUCUAAUACAAAGUUUAAAUUAAAAAUAAAUAGACACUUUGAAGAAUGCCUAAAAAGCGUUUGAGGCCUGACAGCAAGGAAGAUGUAGAUGAAUCACCAGGUCCAUCUCAAGUAAAAAGAAAGCGAAAAAUUCUGAACUAUGAUCCGCAUGAAAUCAUCCACGAGUUGUAUGAUACCAUUCGCAAUCACAAAACUGAAGAUGGAAGAGUAUUGUGUGAGGCAUUUAUUAGGGUGCCUAAGAGGAGAACAGCUGCUGACUACUAUGAUGUGGUUCACACACCUAUAGACUUGCUGAAGAUUCAACAGAAGGUGAAAACUGACAGCUAUGACUAUGUUGAUCAGCUGAGCGCAGACGUUGUGCUUAUGAUAAACAAUGCCAAAGCUUAUUACAAGAAAACAUCUCAAGAAUACAAAGAUGCUUGUGAUUUGUUGCAACUGUAUGAAGAAACUAGGGCAGAUUUAGUUGAAGCUGUUUUUGGUGUUGGGGACAAAAGUGAACGAUUGUCACGUAAAAAUUCUGUGGUAAAGGAUGUAGCAGAAGUUGUGCCAGAAGAAAACAGCAUUGAGAGUGAUGAUGUUGAUGAGGAAGAUAAUGAAGAUGAAUAUGAGGAAGAUACAUCAAGGAACAGUAGCAGGCAAAGGGAGCGAUCACAAAGUGCAAAUGAAGAGUUGGCAGAAGACUUGGAACAACUUUUUGCUGCCAUAGUUACUACAAAAGAUGGUGACAGAGACAUUAGUCAAGCAUUCCAGCUUCUACCACAGAGAACAAAAUAUCCUCAGUACUAUGAAGUUAUAAAACAGCCCAUUGAUCUGAAAAUGAUUGCUACCAAGAUACAAAAGAUGCAGUAUGCAAGCCUGGAUGCCCUUGAAAAAGAUUUACUUCUAAUGGUGAAAAAUGCUAAAACCUUUAAUGAACCCAAGUCUCUAAUUUACAGGGAUGCAGUGACAUUAAAAAGGGUGAUCACUGAACGUAAGCGAGAGCUGGAAUACAAAAAGUCAGGUCAAGUCAAAACAAGUGAAAGACUGAGCAGGACCAAGGACAAAUGUGUCAUUCAAAAAAUGUCAGCAAUAUGUGCUGCCCUAAAAUAUCCAUCUGAUGACAAUGAAGAAAGCAGCCAUUUUGAAAUGGAUUCUGAAGCUGAUGGAGGAGGAAAUGAUCUAGUUGAAGAUGAUCCACAGUGGAUACUUUACAAUUAUGUGAAAAACUACACAGAUUCUACUGGUGAUACUAUAGCAGAUCCCUUCAUUAAAUUGCCUAGCAAAAAGUUUUAUCCUGAUUAUUACAAAGAAAUAAAGAGACCCAUGUCACUUCAAAAGAUUCGCUACAAAAUAGAGAUGAAUCAUUAUGAAACAAUGCAAGAAUUAGCCCAAGAUUUUAAUCUUCUGUUUGAAAAUGCAAAGAAAUAUAACCAAGAUAAAUCACCAAUACACAAAUGUGCAGUAGAGCUCCAGAAAGUUAUGAUAGAGAAAUGUCGUGAGUUGGAUCCAGAUUUAUCUGAAGAGUUUAUUGAAGCGUUGGAGAAUACGGGUAAUGUUGAGGAUGAAGAUGAAGAUGCACAGGAGAGUAUAGAAGGGAAAGAGGAAGAAGAUUUUGCAGUGGAUGAAGAUGCUUCUACAGCACCUACAGGACGAGGACGUGGACGCAAGUCUAGCCUAGGACUGACCAAUACACCUGAUAGUGAUAAGAAAAAAACAGGAAAAAGAGGACUUGAUGACAAUGUUAGAAAAAGAUUGAAGUUGUUGUUUUCUACUGUGUAUGACUAUAGCGACAUUAAUGGGAGGUUGCUGAGACCUAUUUUUAUGGUCCUCCCUUCACGCAAAGAUUAUCCUGAUUAUUACCAGGUUAUUAUGGAACCCAUUCACCUGACUAUGAUAGAAUCUAAACUUAAAGCUGAUAAGUAUCCCAAUGAGCAGGCAUUGUUGUCAGACUUUGAGCUAAUGUUUAACAAUGCCAGGCAUUACAAUGAAGAGGGUUCUCAAGUUUAUCAAGAUGCCAAUACAUUGGACAGGGUCCUUAGAGCCAAGUGGAAGCAAAUGUCUGGGAAAACUUCUGGUGGUAGAAGAUCUAAACUUUCUGAAUGUAAUCCACUGGCUGAGAAGCUUCAAGAGUUGUAUGAAAGUGUCAGAGACUACCAGGACAGGGCUGGUAGAGCAUUGUCCUCACCAUUUAUCAAACUUCCCAACAAAAAUGAUUACCCUGAUUAUUAUGAAGUCAUCAAACGACCAAUAGACAUGCUGCGUAUACAACAGAAGAUGAUGUCUUCACAGUAUGAGUCAGUGGAGGAUAUGGUGGCUGACUUUGUCCAGAUGUUUGACAAUGCUUGUAAAUACAAUGAGCCAGAUUCUGUCAUUUACAAGGAUGCCCUGGCACUGCAGAGAGUUUGUUUCCAGAAGAAAUUAGAGCUGAUGUCUGACUGUAUGAAUAAUGUACCUGAUGUGAAAGCUUUGACUCAAGAGCUUAUGAAAAAUCUGUUCAUUUCUACAAUUAGUCAUGAAGAUGAUGAAGGCAGAUGUUACACUGAUUCCUUUGCUGAACUUAUUGAAAAAGAUAAAGCUCUACAAUUAAAUGGAGAGAUUACAGAGCGACCUUUGACUUUUGAUCAAAUUAAAAGAAACUUAGAUAAGGGUCGCUACCGAAGAGUGGAUAGAUUCCAAGAAGAUAUGUUUAAAGUCUUUGAAAGAGCCAGAAAAUAUAGCCGCACUGAUUCUCAGCUUUAUGAGGAUGCUGUGGAAAUGCAAAACUUUUUUAUUAGAACUCGUGAUGAGCUGUGCAAGAAUGGAGAAAUGCUGCUGACUCCUGCUCUUAGCUACACAGAGCGUCAUUUAACUUUGGCAUUAGAGCAAGAACAAAAAGAGAAACUGGAACAAGAAAAACUAGAACAAGAGAAACAGGAAGAGGAAGAAAAAAAGAAACUCUCAGAAGAAAAGUCAGAGGAAGAAAAGACAAGUGAAGGUGAAAAUGGUGUAACUGAUGAAGAAUGUGAAUACAAGGGACAAAUGUAUGCCAAGGGAGAUUUUGUUUACAUAGAUUCACGAGAUACUCCAGAACCCCAUAUCAUGGUGAUAGAAACAUUUGGCACAGAUCAGAGUGGGCAAAAAGUAAUCAAAGGUAACUGGUUCUAUCGACCUGAGGAGACGUACCAUAUUGCAACACGCAAGUUUCUAGAGAAGGAAGUGUUUCGAAGUGAAACAAGUCAUGGAACACCCUUAUCUGAAAUUGUUGGACGUUGUUGUGUUAUGUUUGUCAAAGACUACUUCAAACAUAAGCCAGAGAAUAUUCCUGAUAAAGAUGUUUAUGUUUGUGAAUCACGUUACAAUGUUCGUCACCGCAGUUUCAAGAAAAUAAAGGUUUGGCAAAUUCCACAAAGUAAAAACUUAAAUUUUGUCCCCCGUGAUGUGCCAUUGACUCCAGUCAGAGUUGUUUCUGUCUUUGCUGAUAAAAUGAGUAGUGAUGGCGUGUUAGAUGAGAGUGAUACAAUCUUGGACAAGAAAAGGGAGAUUGUACCUUCAGAAGUAGAGCAUGAGGAUGGUAAUACAUAUUAUGAUCAAUAUGUCUGUGACUUGGGGUGUUUUAAGUGUGGGGAUGGUGUAUACAUCAAUAACCCUGCCGGACUUCCAGUUAUUGCCAGAAUAGAUAAAAUAUGGACAGACAACAUGGGUGAAGCAUUUUUUCACUAUGCAUGUUUCUUGCGUCCAUCUGAAGUGGAGCAUGCACCAACACGUUUGUUUUAUAAGAAAGAAGUGUUUCAGUCAUCCCUUGAAGACUGUGCUCUGAUUAAGAAUAUUGUUGGCAAAUGUUGUGUUCUGCACAUGAAGGAGUAUUGUUCCAGUCGACCAACUGAAAUAGCUGAGAUUGAUGUGUAUAUAAAUGAAUCAAAAUAUCAGGAAGCUGACAAAUCCAUCAAAAGACAGAAAUUGAUCAAAAAGUACACAUUGUCUCCUAAAGUGGUUGAUGAUGAAAUCUAUUUCUUCAGGAAACCUAUAGCACUUGGAAAGGAGCCUUCUCCCCUUUUGAUGAAACAAAAUACUGAAGAAAGUUUCUUCCUGGACAAUGAAGAUUCUUUGGGUGCUGAACCUGAAGCAAGUAAUGAUGGGAUGUCUGUCAGUAUGGAUGUACCAAGCCCUGCUCCCACCAAAUCUCAUAAAAAGAAACCCAUCAAUCCUCGUCGGCAGCCAAGUGGUUAUAUACUAUUUGCUGGGGAGAUAAGAAAGCAGAUUUCUCAGGACAAUCCCAGCUGCUCUUUUGGAGACAUUAGCAAGAUUGUUGGCACUAAGUGGAGAGCCUUGUCAAAAGCUGAAAAAGAUGUUUUUGAAGAGAAAGCUCGUAAGCUAGCAGAUGAUGUGAAUGCCAAACAAGCUGAAACAGAAAAAUUAUUGAAUGAAUCUGUUCGUUCUCAAAGCCCAAGUUCUGAUUUUGGAACUGCCCCAGCAACACCCGUUCACCCCAUUUCUCAAGCUAGCCAACAGGGUUUUAUCCAAGGUCAUAUGACCCCGGCAGGCCCUUUCAAUGUCAGCCCCUUGCCUUUGUCUGGUAUGGCCAAUGGUAUGCUGUACCCCAUGCAAGGAUAUCCUCCCAUGUCACCUCUGAUAUUGAAUAAUAGCUACAUGAUUGGUCAACAAGCAACUACACAACAGUGCCCACCCUCGCCAAUGUUUGUAUCUGUCCCUCCUAGAACACACAAGCUGAUGCACUCUGAAACUUACUUCAGAUACAUAGAGAGUUUAACUUCAGAUUCUCACUACAUCUCCAACUGGGAGAAAACAUUGUCAGCCACACAGGACAACACACCUGCUGUACCAGAGGCCAACCUUCCCGGGCAAUGGUUGGCUCAGGGAGCGGGGUGUCAUGGCAGCAUUACAAGUGCAUUGUGGGCACUACGUGACUUUAUGUUGAAAGAUGCUCUAAACAUUGCCAGAGCUGUACCAUUUGAUGAUCUUUAAAUGCCCAGUUGGCUAAAUUCAUUCUACUCUGGGCCCUAUGGGGAAUAGGAUAAUAUUGUGUUAACCUAAUUGAAAACAAUAGUUUCAAGUAGAAAAAAUAUGGGGCAUUAUAUUUUAUUUUCAAAAUAAUUUUUUUUUAAUUUUUAAAUUAUUAUGAAUAUGGCAUUUAAACAAAAAUCCUUGUUAUUUUAGAGAUUUUUGUUGUCUUUUAUUAAAAACAUAACAAAAAAAUGAUACAGAAAAUAAAUUAUGAAUUUAAGGAAAGUCUUUUUAAAACCUAGGUUACUUUAAUCUAAGUACAGAAAGAUUUUUAAAUUAAAAGUUUUACUAUUUCUUCUACAUUGUAUAUGAAAAUUCCAUAAUUUUCUUUAUGAACCCUUCUUCUUUUAAACUAAAUGUUUCUCAAACUUUUACCAGUAGCACAAGCCUAGUGGAAUAAAACUUUCAUUCUUGCACCUCCCCUCCCCACCCCCCAAACUACUAAGCCAUCUGGGGUUGUGCUGUAGGUUUUGAGAAUGUUAUAAAAAAGAAUAAACUUAAAGGCAUACAAUUAUAACACAAUUUUUCUGUUUUUCUUUGCAUAUAUAUUUACAAUAAUUUUGGAAAACAAAUUUACAUAAUGAAUGUUGUUCAUCACAGUUAGCCAGUUUAUUUUAAUUUUUUUUAAAUUAUUGUUUUGUAAAUACAUUUUUUAAGUGUUUUGUGUGUUUGAAACUAAUCUUUCUGGAGAAGGUAGAGGAGAUGCAACAGGUUUCUCCCCCAGCCAGCAUUGAGUUCUGGGGGAAUGCUGAAAGUUUUGUUUUUUUUCUCUUAGAUUGCUUGUCAGAAAAGGUUCAAUUGAAAAGGGUCGGGGCAAACCAAUAUGUAUGUCAAAUUAAGUCUAAUAAAUAAUGUGUCAGUAAUGGCCAAUUCAAGGUUCAUAUUUGGCACAUUAGAUCAUCUUUGUGUUAAGUAAGACAUAUUAUCGCUUAUCUUUUUUUUUUUUUUUUUUUGUCAUGUGAAAUUCUUCAACAUAACCAUGUACAAGUCAGACAAGAGUUCAAUUUUUUUUAGUAAUUGAUUGUAUGAAAAUCAUUUUACUAGGUUAAUAUUCAGACAGAUUUUUUUUUGUCCCAGCUUCCCACCCCCACCCUUCCAAUCAAUCUUGCCAGGACAUCCAUGGAGGUGCAUCCCACAGUUUGAGAAACGCUGCUUGAAACCGUUAUUUCAAUUCAAAAACUGCUUUGUCUUAUGAACUUUGUAUUCAACUAGCUACUGAUGUACACAAUACACUUGUUUGUCUUAAGAGGCAGCACUCAUGUUUUUAACAUGUUCAUUAAUAUCACUUAUUUUAACUCUAUACUCUAUUGUUUUAACUAGGAAAACAUUUUUCUUUUCAAUGUACAUAUAUCAUUUAAAUUAUGUUAUUGUUUUUUUUUUCAAUGUCUGUGUAAAGUGGAAAUGUUGUAUGACUAGUUGUUUGUUAGAUUAGAUGCUACAGGUUUUUGUGCACAAUACACAAUCUCAAAAAGGAUUGACUAUUACGCAAUUGUUUUUAAUUGUUUCUGUGGUAAAAGCAAUCUCAUGAUUAAUGAAAACAUAGUUUUGAUAUUUGAGGAGGCGAAUACUUAGGUGAGCCCAUAUACAUAGGGUCAUUGAGCUGACAUUGAUACUGUUGAGUGUAUUGCCAAGUUAAAAUGUUUAUGUUGUCAAAGUUUUUAUAAUGCCAUCUUGAAUGCUUCUCUAUGUUCAUGGUUUUUCAUUUAUUUUUUUUUAAUAAACUCUUUGUAACUA